UCGCCGUGUGUCACCUGACUCGUUGUUGUGUGUGUGUGUGUGUGUGUUACAGGAAAGAUGGCUGCUCACCUGUCGUACGGCAGAGUCAACCUGAACAUCCUCAGAGAGGCGGCGAGGAAAGAGCUGCGGGAGUUCCUGGACAAAUGUGCGGGGAGCAAGGCCAUAGUUUGGGAUGAAUACCUGACUGGACCCUUUGGGAUGAUAGCUCAGUACUCACUACUGAAGGAACAUGAAGUGGAAAAGAUGUUCACCCUCAAGAGCGGCAGGCUCCCCUCUGCCGACGUCAAGAAUAUCAUCUUCUUUGUUCGACCCAGGCUGGAGCUCAUGGACAUCAUCGCUGAGAACGUAUUCAGCGAGGACAAGAUGCACUCGUCACGAGACUUCCACAUUUUGUUUGUGCCUCGGCGGAGCAUGCUGUGCGAACAGCGGCUGAAGGAGCAGGGCGUGUUGGGCUCUUUCAUCAACAUCGACGAGUAUAUCCUGGACCUGAUUCCCUACGAUGGUGACCUGCUCUCCAUGGAGUAUGAAAGUGCUUUCAGGGAGUGCUACUUAGAAAAUGACCAAACAAGCCUUUACCACACAGCCAAAGGCCUCAUGACCUUACAGGCACUGUAUGGCACCAUCCCACAGAUAUAUGGGAAAGGGGAAUGUGCACGGCAUGUCGCUAACAUGAUGCUGAGGAUGAAGAGGGAGUUUGCCGGCAGUCAGAACCAGAUCCUGCCCGUGUUCGACACUCUGCUGCUCCUGGACCGUAACGUCGAUCUGCUCACCCCUCUGGCCACACAGCUCACCUACGAGGGUCUCAUUGAUGAGAUCUAUGGCAUCAAUAACGGUUAUGUCAAGUUGCCUCCUGAGAAGUUUGCACAGAAGAAGCAAGGUGAGGCGAGCAAAGAUCUACCCACAGAGCCCAAGAAGCUGCAGCUCAACUCGGCAGAGGAACUGUACGCAGAAAUCCGGGACAAAAACUUCAACGCCGUCGGAGCAGCGCUCAGCAAGAAAGCCAAAAUCAUUUCAGCUGCCUUCGAGGAACGCCACAACGCCAAAACGGUGGGAGAAAUAAAGCAGUUUGUCUCUCAGCUGCCUCACAUGCAGGCAGCACGGAGCUCACUGGCCAAUCACACGUCUAUAGCAGAGCUCAUCAAGGACAUCACCACCUCUGAGGCCUUCUUUGAUAAUCUAACAGUGGAGCAGGAGUUUAUGACCGGAGUCGACACAGACAAGGUGAACACGUAUAUCGAAGACUCCAUCGCCCAAAAGGAUCCUCUGAUCAAGAUUCUGCGCCUGGUGUGUAUGCAGUCGGUCUGCAACAACGGGCUCAAGCAGAAGGUGUUUGACUACUACAAGAGGGAGAUUCUCCAGACUUAUGGUUACGAACACAUGCUAACGUUGAACAACCUCGAGAAGGCGGGUCUUUUGAAGCCACAGACGAGCUCAAGGAAUAACUACCCCACUAUUAGAAAAACCCUCAAACUGUGGAUGGAGGACGCCAACGAACAGAACCCCAACGACAUCUCAUACGUGUACAGCGGCUACGCACCGCUGAGCAUCCGACUGACCCAGGUUUUGGCCAGGCCCGGGUGGCGUAGCAUCGAAGAGGUGCUGAAGAUGCUCCCAGGCCCACACUUUGAGGAGAGACAACAGCUGCCUGCCGGGCUCCAUAAGAAACGCCAGCAGGGGGAGAAUCGGACGACGCUGGUGUUCUUCCUCGGCGGAGUGUCGUACGCAGAAAUAGCCGCUCUCCGUUUCCUCUCUCAAAUGGAAGACAGCGGCAUGGAGUAUAUUAUAGCCACCACAAAACUCAUGAACGGUACAACUUGGAUCAAAUCCCUCAUGGACCGGCCGGAAUCCCAGACACCCUGAGUCACCUGCAUGCACACCUGGCCACAUCAAACACCCCAAUCCAUUAGAAAGAAAACCUCAGCUGCUGUUGUGUUUUUUUUAUGUCCAUGUCGCCGUAGUGCAGGUGUUUCAUUGAUGUCUGUGCAGCUUAGACAGCAACAGGCUGUUUAAAAGGUGCCCGGUGGAGUUUUCCUGUAAGCUGACCACAAUAUAUUUUUUGACAUGAAUGCAUUUUUUUCUGUUAUAUUCAUGUUUUCUUGUUUGCCUUUGGUGUUUUCCUACGUUUCUUUGUACGUUACUCUACUCUACUAUGAAUCAGUUGAAUAUUUAGGCCUGUAGCCUCAUGCACAUUCAUGAUGCAAACACCCACUUGUCAAAACAUUGAAUAUCUAACUCCGCGGGGUGCCUUUUAAUUUUUCCUGUUCUUAAUUCGCACCCAGACAGUAUAAUAAAGCUGGUUUAAUGCUACUACUAACUACUGCUGCAUCCCUUUGUCCUCUGGCUACAUCUCCAUCACUGAGGUCAUUGCUCUGCCAUGGAGCUACUGUGUGUGUAUAUAUAUGUAUGUAUGAUUAAAACCUUUGGGAUGCUGCCGAUGUCAUGUGUAAGAUGAUUAAAGAUGCUCUUUUUUGAA